AUGGGGUUCGACCUCCGUGUAUUCAUUGCAGGCAUCGCCGUCGCUAUGAGCAUUUAUGUAAUUGCAUCUGUUGGAUACAAGGCCAGACCGGUUCAACCCAGCAGUUUAAGAGCCACGAACAGCGAUUCCGGCAACAACAUUACUGAUGCUGCUGCAGUCGUCAACGGCAGCACCCACCACGAGACCGAAGACCGAGGGCUCUUUUCUUCCUUCAACCAGUUUCUCGGCAAAACCUCCGGCCUCAGUAACAAGCUCUCCGCCAUGAAAACGAAACCAGAGAUCGCCGCGGCUCUGAGCAACCCAGUUCUUAAUAAACUGGGAGCAGCUAUCGAGACAAACCCGAAACGUCUAACAAACCUAGCGAAGAACCCGCGCGUGCUCGAUAAGUUGGCGAAGAAACCCCAAGUGGCAAACGUGGUGAAGGUGCUGGAGCGGAACCACGUAUCGUUCACUGCUUAA